GCCCUGCAUGUUUUUCAUGUUCGGAAAAUGCCGUCGGACUUCCAGGAACCUGAGCUUCUGGGAUGUCCUACGCAGGCUCUCUGUCGCAAAGCACGGUCAAGUAUCUGCUGUCGAGCACACUGCCACAGAUAUAUCCAAGGGCGUCGGUCCUGUGGAUGGCGUUCGUUACUCCCUCCACGUCAAGCUGAACGGUGCCAAGAACAUUGAAGAAUUCGCAUCGACACAUGACGAGGAGAAUGGGAGGAUAGUAAUGGCCAUUAGACAUCGCACUCGAGCCUUCUGGGUCGUUCAGUAUCAUCCCGAAUCAGUUCUCACACGCGGUAGGGGUAUUAGCGCGGACCUGAACCCCGUUCUUGUGGGCGAGUUACACGCCCAUAGAAUCAGAAGGCAGAAGGAAUUUUGGGCACUCCGUGGCCAUCCGUUCGCCCAUCUCCAAACACCCCUCGUAUCAACACGCCACUAUCCGUUUCCACGAUACAAUUAAGCAUCCCAGGCUUGUUUGUUCCAUAUGCGAGGUCUUGGGCAUCGACAAUGACUCGUCUCCCUUCGUUAUGCUGGAAUCUGCUGCACAGCCAGGCUGGU